GAGGAGAAAACGCGGAUGACUGCAACUGAAGCUACUGAUUCCGCGCACGGCGAUCAGCCUAAGACCUCUGAACCGAAAGGGUGUGUGAGCAGGGCGAGGGGAACGUGAGAGGUUACGGCCGACCGCAAUGCAGAAGCAAGCCGCGAGUGGAAUGGGGAAGGAAGCUGGUAUAAGAAAGCAGAACGCUGCUUCCCAGCACUUCAGGCUGAGCCAGGGCCACUGCAGGCAGAGGACACGGAGCGGAGCAUCGCCCAGAACAAGGAUUCUGGCGGGAAGGACCGCGCCCUCCGCACAGGUGUGGGCAAGCGCAGGACAGAGCGGGUCGGGCGUGGGGCCAGUGAGCUUCCUCCUCGAAGGCGCCAUGAGGGCCUUGUUCUCCUUUGUCUGUGUGCAGCCCACGCUGGAGUCCACCAACGCCACCUGGACCCAGGGCUCCAACGGCUCGGAGCCAUGCCCCCGGGACGCACGCAGCACACAUCUGGUGCUCCCCGCCCUCUACACAGGGGUCUUCCUGGCGGGUGCCCUGCUGAACUUGCUGGCCCUCUGGGUGUUCCUCCACGUCCCCAGCUCCUCCACCUUCAUCGUCUACCUCAAGAACACCCUGGUGGCCAACCUGAUAAUGACACUCACACUUCCUUUCAAGAUCCUCUCGGACGCGCGCCUCGCGCCCUGGCAGCUGCAGGCGUUCGUGUGCCGCGUCUCCUCCGUGGUCUUUUACGAGGCCAUGUACGUGGGCAUCACGCUGCUGGGCCUCAUAGCCUUUGACAGGUUCCUCAAGAUCGUCAGACCUUUCGGGAAAUCCUUUGUCAAAAAACCUGCUUUUGCAAAAACGGUCUCGGUCUCCAUCUGGCUCCUUUUCUUCUUCAUCUCCCUGCCAAACAUGAUCCUCAACGACAAGGAGGCAACGCCAGUCUCUGUGAAAAAGUGUGCGUCCCUAAAGAGUCCCCUGGGGCUGCGAUGGCAUCGGCUGGUGAACUACGUGUGCCAGGCUAUUUUCUGGACUGUGUUUGUCAUGAUGCUUCUGUUUUAUGUGGUGAUUGCCAAAAAAGUGUACGACUCUUAUAAAAAGGUCAGAAGUAGGGACGGCAGGCACAAGCAGCGGCCAGGGGGGAAGGUGUUCGUGGUCCUGGCUGUCUUCUUCCUCUGCUUUGCUCCCUUUCACUUCAUCCGGGUUCCCUACACUCACAGCCAAACCGGCAGCAAGAUGGCCUGUGCACUGGAGAGCCACCUCUUCAUUGCUAAAGAAGCCACCCUCUUUUUGGCAGCAACUAACAUUUGUAUGACUCCCUUGAUAUACAUAUUCUUAUGCAAAAGAUUCACAGAAAGGCUGCCCUGCCCGUGGGGGAGAAGGGCCCCCGCAUCCAACCAGGAGCAGCAGAGCAGCCAGACUGACCACAUGACCCUGGGUUGACCACAGCCACGGGCUGGCUGCCACUGGGCCAUGAGACUUUGGAAAUCAAAUUUAAGCAAUAAAAGAAAGAGACAGGAAUAAAUGCUUCCUUGCAUUUUAUUAACCUUGGGGGUACAAAAGAGACCAUGUGGAUUUUAACUCCACAUAGAUUCACUCAUAAGCAGAAUGAGCCACAUGAGAGGAUGAAACAGAACGCAAAGGGCCACCAGAGGUCACCCUCUCAGGGAGGUCCCAAGCACCAUGGAAAAGAUGGGGGAAAUGCACACCCCGAAGCCCCCCUCCCAACGCCAUCUCACACUCACUCACUCACACAGUCCAAACGACCCCACUGCCUUUACAGCUCCCAGAUCAACCCUCGCUGACGGAAGUAACAAAACCCGCUUGCGAAGCGCACUGGUGGAGGCUGAAGCCGGGGUCGAAAGGGGUGCCGGACACGAGGGGUCUGAGUCCCUAGGAGUGGAGAGACCGAGGUCCGGGAGGAGGGUCUUCUCCAGGCAGUUACUACGAGCCUGCUGUGCAUCCCAGCAGCACGCGGCAGAGCCAGGGCAGGACCACGGCACGCAGCAGCCACUCCCGCCCACGGCUCCGCAGCGCCGGCUCUCCCGCUGGGCGUGCAGCUCCGGGUCCUCAGGCAGGUCUCCUCACUAACGAGCUGCGACUCUUGACUGCAUGGUGGUGAGGAUUCCCAAAAGGCAAGCGUGACAUGCACGUGCUCUUCUGGUCCAGGUGAGGGACGUGACUGCUGACCCAGCCAGUGACACCCACACUGGGGACAUUUCCCAGGCUACUUAUCUUUAUUUCCCUUCAUAUAUUUUCUUGAAUUCCGUUGUGGGUCAAAAGAAAAGUGUGGUUUCUGGGAUUGUUGAUGCUACUUUGUAU